CAGUAACCAACGUAGUCUUCCUCAUUCUCCGGUGUGUAGAAACCCUUUUUUAAAAUUAUUUUCAGGCAUGGGAGACGAUAAGAGAGAUCAAAAGCCAUAUUCAUACGAGAAAGCCAAAACGUUUUCAUGUAACUCACAUUCUUCGUCUUUGUUUAGGCUCAUCUCAAAGCUAGUCUUAACUUUCGCCGUUAUAUUCUGCAUCCAAUUCGUUUUCUACUCGUACGAUUUCACCUCCUAUACUCCACCUCGAUCUCUCAUGAAAAUCGCGGUUUCGCCAGUCGGAUCCGGAUCCGGAUCUUACACGAGUCCAAAACCUGAAGACACGGAGAUAAAACACGUGGUGUUCGGGAUCGCUGCGUCUGCGAAGCUCUGGAAACGCAGAAGAGACUACGUGAAGCUCUGGUGGAAACCCAACGGGGAAAUGAACGGCGUCGUUUGGUUAGACAAACACAUUGACGACAACGACACCGUUUCCGCCGGUCUCCCUCCUAUCAAAAUAUCUUCCGACACGUCAAGGUUCGAGUACACGUACCCAAAGGGCAACAGAGCGGCGCUGAGACUCACGCGAAUCGUGUCCGAGACAGUGAGGCUCUUAAACGGAACAGAGUCUGAGAGAAACGUGAGGUGGAUUGUGAUGGGAGACGACGACACCGUGUUUUUCACGGAGAAUCUUGUUAGUGUUCUGAGAAAAUACGAUCACAGCCAGUUCUAUUACAUUGGGAGCUCGUCGGAGAGUCACAUUCAGAAUCUGAAGUUCUCCUACGGGAUGGCUUACGGUGGAGGAGGAUUCGCCAUUAGCUACCCCUUGGCUAAGGCGUUGGAGAAGAUGCAAGAUCGUUGUAUUCAGAGAUAUCCCGAAUUGUACGGCUCCGACGAUCGGAUUCACGCUUGUAUGGCGGAGCUUGGUGUUCCUUUGACUAGAGAAGUUGGUUUUCAUCAGUUUGAUAUAUAUGGGAAACUACUGGGCCUGUUAUCAGCCCAUCCAUUAGCUCCAAUUGUCUCCAUGCAUCAUCUAGACAUAGUGGAUCCAGUAUUCCCAAACAUGGGUCGAGUCAACGCCAUGAAACGUCUCAUGGCUCCAGCCAAACUGGAUUCAGCGAGCCUCACUCAGCAAUCAGUUUGUUAUGACACUACACACCGUUGGACUGUGUCUGUGUCAUGGGGAUACACAGUUCAGAUUAUACGUGGUCUAUUGUCAGCGAGAGAGAUGGAGAUCCCGACACGCACAUUUAUAGAUUGGUACAAGCACGGAGACGGCAAAAGCUACGCUUUUAACACACGUCUUUUCAGCAAAAGCACGUGUCAACGUCCACGCGUGUACUUCCUCUCCAAUGCGCUUCCUGAUUCGGCCUUACACAGAACUGCAAGCGAGUACGUGAGGUGGUAUGACAUGUGGGAUCUUGAAUGUGAUUGGGAAGUAUCGGAUCCUUCUGAUAUCGAACGGGUUAUAGUUUAUAAAAAGCUCGUUCCCGAUAGAUGGAACAAAAAUAAGGCUCCGAGAAGAGAUUGUUGUAGAAUAUUGCCUACGAAAAAGAAUGGGACGAUGGUGAUUGAUGUUGGAGCUUGUGAAGAUGAUGAAAUUGUUGAAUUCUCUGUCAAAUAGUGUAUUUUUUUUCUAUUAUUGGUUUGGUCUCACUACCAUAUCUUAGUGUAACUUUCACACAAAGCUAUAGAGAAGAACUACUUUCGGAAUUUCCAACUGAUGCAUGUAUGAUAUUGAUAUUAUUUCAAGUUAUUCAUACCUAGAA